AUGCCUUCUCCGGCAAAGGUUUGCUAUGCGGAUCCUCUGAACAUAGUGUCAAAGCGUAAUACAAACUUACAUCUCUCUUCUUCAACCCAGGACGCCUCCUUUGACGGGCUCCUUCGCCGGUGUGACUUUGACUGGGCGGAAGAUGUUGAAGACGCUGAUAUCAGCGGUAAUUUGCCCAUCACCGCAACAGCAGACCCUCUUGAUUACUGCUUGUCAAAAGAAACUCUCUACGACGAAAUCCAUUACUCUCCUCGCCACCUGGCAUAUCGCAAGUACAAGCCAUCACUUCCAACUAUCCCCGAAGAAGUGUGGGAUGAGCCAUGGGGUUGGGUGCAUGGCACCCCAGAUAUAACCUCCAACCCUUCGCAGAGAAUAUUGGCAGAAUCCCACGACGAUACUACCCAGCACUCAACAUACGAGGGGUCUCGAGGCAAUAGCGAGUCAGAUCUCCAUCUGGUUACCCAACAAUCGAUCAACAACAUCUUUGCUGAUCGCCAAGCCUGGAUUGAAGCAGAUGAAGAGAUCCAUCACUUCAACUGGAUGGGAUUGCGUGUUUACGCACACAGCUCGACCUCCCCAUCUGAAUCGCUAGCCAUUAUCUUUGCAAAACCCAAAAGCCUACAGGGAAGUGCUAUGUGGCGAGUCCACUCAGUUCUGAACCGAGCUGUUCGUUACAUCGACCCGGUACUUGUGCUUUUGGAUGACGCAGACGAAAGCUUGCUCGAACUACGGGGCUCAGAGCUUGUGCGUGCAUCUACCGGACGUGUUUUCAAAUUUUACUCACCGCACGGAUCAUGGUUGGAAGAUUCCAAUGACCCGAGUGAAGAAACGACUACUGACUUCGGAAAUGUACGGACAUAUGAGGCUGCAGAUUUAGUCAUUGGAAAUGGCUUUGUAGAAUCUGCCCCUAUCCCUUCAGUAUUCCAGUGGGCACCACAGCCUAUUACCAUCAAGAAGCCAAAGAAGCCGCCACGCAAGAUUACCACUUGUGUUGCUGGAGCACCACCUGAGGAGUAUUUCUCUUUUCCGACUCCUGUUUUUGGUCGUCGUAGGCCGAUCAAGCAAGCAUUUGCAAAGGCUCGGCGGGGACUGACAUCUGCUUUCACAUCAUUGAAGACCAAGCUCAGUUAG